CCUAAUGCAUUGCAAAGUACUACAGUGCGGUGAUGGGGAAGGAGAGAAGAGCAUAAUGAGUUCUUUCCGGGCCCUCACUUUGAAUGAAGGCAAAGAAAAAGUUCAGAAGCCACAACAAGAGGGGCCAAAGCCUUUAUAUUCCCAGGAGGACCGGACAGGAUUCUCAAUAAAUCCAGCUAGCAAUGAUAACGGUUUGCUGCUGCGGCUGCCCUCAUUGAGGCGGUGGCUGCUGCCUCUGCUGCUGCUAGUGCUGCUGCUGCUGCUGCCGCCACCUCUGCUGUUUCUGCUGCUGCUGCUCUUUCUGCUGCUGGUGCUGCUGCCCCUGCUGCUGCUGCUGCUGGUGCUGCCGCUGCUGGGGCUCCUGCGUUACUGGGAGAGAUUGUGCCGCUGCGACAGGGGAGGACGAGGCUAGUAGCUCAAGGAGGCUUCAACGCGCAGGCGCUGUUGGAGCCACUGACUAGAUCCUCAGUCAAGGGCUUAUUGGGAGCUCCUUGUCUGGAGAGCAUUUCAAGACUGAGGGAAAUUGGGCUGCGAACCACCAAGAACAGCUCCCUUGCAACACAGAAGCGAUUUCUCUUCCCAUCUCCGUAUAUUCUAAUGGCAAAUCAGAUGGAAGAAAAGAGGAUGUAUGACUAGACACCAAAUCAGUUCUUUUUUGUGGAUUACAGUGGCAGUAAGAUGUAUGGAUCUAUUUCUUCCUUGUUCUUAAAUAUAGAUCAUGAGACUUGACUGAGGCAAUAUCCUUAGCAUCCAUCCAUCUAUGGCGAACUAUAGCCAUGCAGCUGACAACAUUUUGCAAAAUCUCUCUCCUUUAACCGCCUUUCUGAAACUGACUUCCCUGGGUUUCAUAAUAGGAGUCAGUGUGGUGGGUAACCUUCUGAUCUCCAUUUUGCUAGUCAAAGAUAAGACCUUGCAUAGAGCUCCUUACUACUUCCUGUUGGAUCUUUGCUGCUCAGAUAUUCUCAGAUCUGCAAUUUGUUUCCCAUUUGUAUUCACCUCUGUUAAAAAUGGCUCUACCUGGACUUAUGGGACUCUGACUUGCAAAGUGAUCGCCUUCCUGGGGGUUUUGUCCUGCUUCCACACUGCUUUCAUGCUGUUCUGCAUCAGCGUCACCAGGUACCUAGCUAUAGCUCACCACCGCUUCUAUACAAAAAGGCUGACCUUUUGGACUUGUCUGGCGGUCAUCUGUAUGGUGUGGACCCUCUCUGUAGCCAUGGCAUUCCCCCCAGUUUUAGAUGUGGGCACUUAUUCAUUCAUUAGGGAGGAGGAUCAAUGCACCUUUCAACAUCGUUCCUUCAGGGCUAAUGAUUCCUUGGGAUUUAUGCUGCUCCUUGCCCUCAUACUCCUAGCCACACAGCUUGUCUACCUCAAGCUGAUAUUUUUUGUCCACGAUCGAAGGAAAAUGAAGCCAGUCCAGUUUGUAGCAGCAGUCAGCCAGAACUGGACUUUUCAUGGCCCAGGAGCCAGCGGUCAAGCAGCUGCUAAUUGGCUGGCAGGAUUUGGAAGGGGCCCCACACCACCCACCCUGUUGGGCAUUAGGCAAAAUGCAAACACCACAGGCAGAAGAAGGCUGCUGGUCUUAGACGAGUUCAAAAUGGAAAAGAGAAUCAGCAGAAUGUUCUACAUCAUGACUUUCCUCUUCCUCGCCUUGUGGGGCCCCUACCUGGUGGCCUGUUACUGGAGAGUUUUUGCAAGAGGGCCUGUAGUUCCAGGGGGAUUUCUAACAGCCGCUGUCUGGAUGAGUUUUGCCCAAGCAGGAAUCAAUCCUUUUGUCUGCAUUUUCUCCAACAGGGAGCUGAGGCGCUGUUUCAGCACAACCCUUCUUUACUGCAGAAAAUCCAGGUUACCAAGGGAACCUUACUGUGUUAUAUGAGGGAGCAUCUGUAAAUCUUUAGCCUUGUGAAACACUACCCUUCUCUGCUAAGCAAUUGUGGCCUGUAGCCAUAUCUUGAGAAGAAAAGCAAGAAUGGGAUCAGCAGUUGUAAGGAUUUGGGCAACAUUCUGCAGUCCUUGCAUUAGUUCACCUAUAAUCCUAUUUUAAAUCUAAAAGUGUUCCUGCUGACCAUUGGUGAAGGUUUGUAAUUAAGAAAGGACUGAACCACUGCCCUAAAUUUCUCUAUGUGGUUGAAAUCUAGAUCCUGAAAGUAGCAGGUGCUAAGUAUCAGUGCUAAAUGCUGUGUAUAUCACUACAUAAGAUAAGACCAUCAAAAAAGAUUAGCAUUGGACAUCUUAAUAAAUUAAGUUGACAUGAGGUAAAUGUGUUGAUAAAAAAAAAAAA